AUGGAAGACGCGGUGCAACAAGAGUCCCAGGAGAUUCUGCAAGAAACUCCAGCCGCCGAUGUCUUCGUCCCACCCUCGAUUCACAGGCCGAAAGUGCUCGCCGGCGAGAGCUACACGCAUCAUUCGGCCAUACCCGCCAGUAUUCAGAGCGACAUGACCACCGAGUGCGUUCUCGGGGUGGAUGAAGCCGGCAGGGGUCCAGUACUCGGUAUGCAUGUAAAUACCUUCCGAAACAGAUCUCCAUCGAAAAUUGCUUAACUUUUUUUGUUCUCUCUCAGGCCCUAUGGUCUACGGACUCUACUACCUCCCCCUCCCCCUCCACCGCUCCCUCCUAGCCGACACCCACCAAUUCGACGACUCCAAAGCCCUCACCCCAGCCGUGCGAUCAGCCCUCAUGGAAAACCUCUGCACCCCGAACACAGAUCUCUUCCAGCACAGCGGCUGGGCCAUCCGCUCUCUCUCCGCCCGCGACAUCUCCUCCGCCAUGCUGCGACCCCACGGCGUCUACAACCUCAACGCACAAGCCAUGGACGCCACGAUCACCCUCAUCCAGGAAGUGCUGAAUGCAGGCGUGAAUGUGCGCCAAGUGUACAUUGACACCAUCGGCCCGCCGGCGGCGUAUCAGAAGCGCCUCGAGCGGAUCUUCCCGGCUCUGGAGAUUACCGUGGCGAAGAAGGCGGAUAGUCUGUUUCCUUGCGUUUCCGCUGCUUCGGUCUGCGCUAAAGUGACGAGGGAUGCGGCGCUGGAAGUGCUCUAUAGCGCCUAUGCCACUGCCGCCGAGGAGGAGGAGGGUGGCAUCGCCGCCUGGGGUUCGGGGUACCCUUCCGAUGCACGUUGUUCGAAUUGGUUGAAGGCCAAUAUGCAUCCUCUCUUUGGCUGGGGCAACGAGUGUCGAUUUAGUUGGGGCACGGCGAAAGAGUUGCUGGAAGCGAAGGGUGCUCCGUGUCGAAUUGACUGGCCCGAGGGAGAUGAAGAUGCGGACAAUAUGAAGUUGACCGGUUUCUUCCUCGGCGCUGAUGAUGAUGACCGAGAGGAUGAGCUAGGGUCGUGGUUUGGCAGGCGGGUGACUGAGGAGGUUUUUUGA